CGAUUAGACACAGCUAUCCGGUCUCCGCUUAAUUCGAAAGGAAAACCGAUCGCAAACGAAAAAGAAUGUCUUCCUUACUAAAUACAGUUCGUCACAUGAAAACCGGAUUAAACACAUCAUUUCGAAGAUCUUUUAGGAUAGGAAGUUCUUGUAAUUCUAAUAGUGAUAGCUGGUUUAGUAAACUUUUAAUGGUUCGAAAAAUUGAUCCUGGUCAUGAUUCUCAUUCAAGAUUAUUAUCAGCUUCAGAAAUAAUAUAUGAGAUGCAAACUCAUGAUGUCAAACCUGAAAAAAUCGAACCAUACCUGGAGAAUUAUGAAAACUAUGCAAAAGUAGCGGCAGAAAAGUCAGAAGGUACUGAAUUAGUUGGGAGCUGGCGUGUAGAAAUAGGUGAUCAAGAUCAGUUUAUUCAUAUUUGGCGAUAUAAGCAUGGAUAUACUCAUGCUUCUGAAUUUUUAGAUUUAUGUCACUCAGAUUCAGACUUGAAAGCCCUAAUGAACCAGCGUAUCAACUAUCUAAGAUACAGAGAAAAUCAGUUCAUGUUACCCUUUAGUUUCUGGGGUCAUCCUGAACCGAGAAAUGACAAUAAUAUGUAUGAAAUGAGGUCUUAUGUGUUAAAGCCUGGCACAAUGAUAGAAUGGGGUAAUAAUUGGGCUAGAGGUGUUACAUAUAGGAAAGAAAGUGCUGUAGCUGGUUUUUUCUCCCAGAUUGGUCAGCUUUAUAUGGUGCAUCAUAUAUGGGGAUAUAAAGAUUUACAAAUGAGGAAAGCCAUAAGAGAUGCUGCAUGGAGAAAACCUGGUUGGGAUGAAUGUGUUGCUCAUACAGUUCCCUUAAUACGUGAGAUGAGAAGUAGAUGGAUGGUGCCUACUAAAUUUUCUCCGAUAAAAUAGGAUUAGCUUAGAAAUGAUCAACUUGUCAUUUUAUGGAAUUUAUUGCAUAUAAUAUUUGGUUUUUUUUUUUUUUUUUUUUUUUUUUUUUUUUUUUUUACUGUUUUUUCUUUUUAAAAGUUAACAUUUUAUUUUUGAUUAUUAUCAUUACUUCAUAUUUUAGGUUUGAUCUCUGUUAUGUACAUAAUAUCCUACCUCUGUAAUUUUACAGUAUUACAUCAUAUAACUGAUCAUUAUUUCAUGUGUCAUUCUUCAUGUAAAUACCUUGGUGAUGUAAAUAACAUAUAAAUGAUAUUUUUGUUUAAUAGAUUUCUUGUUGUUAUCCUCUUAAAGCAAUGUUUUCCAAAAUUAUCAUUCACUGAAAAUAUUUUUAGGAUUAAAUUAUAUCAAUCGUAAAACCAGAAUAUAAUAAUAAAAUCUCAGUUGAUUGGGAAACAAAAUCAAUUUAUUGCAGGCAUGCUUUUUCAUGAAUAUAACAUUUUCUGUUGCUACAAUAUAUAAUUUUUUUAAAAAAAAUGGAUGGUAAUCUGUACAAUAGACCAUUCCUGCUACCUAAUGUUUGGGUUUUAGACUUUAUACUGUAUUAUGAGUAGGAAAUAUCUUUAUGUGGAUUCUGCUUGUGCUAAUAGAGAAGCCUAAUUCUUGGGGCAAGGCUGGUGACAUUUCGUCUGUUCUGUGGAAAUAUUAGUUGUAAUGUAAUUCAGAGAUAUAAAUAGGAAAGGAAUUUUUGUUUGCUCUUUUUAAUUUUUCAUUCAGCUAUUUAUCUUGUUCAGAUAAGUCCUAUCACAAGUUGAUUACCUGUGCUACUAUUAGAGUGUUGUGUAGGUAAUAAAAGUUCUUUUCCCAUUUGAGUUAAAAACAAGUUUAGGAAAUAUAAUUAUACUGAGCUUUAUUGGAAUCUUUUUUGUGUGUGUGUGUGUGUGUGUGUGUGUGUGUGUAGCUCUUUCUCUCUCUCUAUAUAUAUUAGCCUAGUCAAUCCAAAUUUAAGUAAUUGGAUUUAAUUUUUAUGUAUGCGAGAUUUUUACCUAUGAAAACCUAUGCAAAGGAGAGUUAAAAUGGUGUUUAUUUUCUUCAUUGUGUUUUACUUGUUUUUACCGGUGUGUAUUAUUAUAGUUAAGAUAGAAAAUGUAAAAACUGAACAAAACUUAAAACUGUUAUUUUGGGAAACAUUGCGUUUCAGUCUUUCAUUAUAUAUAAAAGUUCUGUAUUUUCAUUCUAGUCUUUCUAAAUGUGAAUUCUUUUAAACAAUUAUUUGUGUUUAAUUUCCUUAGUUGAUUGUUUUAAUUUGUUAUUUCAUUAAGAUAAUUUAUUUUCAUGUGAAAGUUUGUAUUUUAUUAUUAUAAUUAGUAAUUUUGGGGGAAUAGUCACCUUUCUAGCCCUGAAUUCCUGAUCAACGUAUCGAAUAGAGUGCAUUUAAUGAGUAACUUGUACAUAAAAAAUGCAACAUUAAUUUCAUAUUCAGAGCACAGUAUGUUUUUAAAAUUAACAAAUUAAGCUUUGUUAAUCAAAUUCAUAUUAAGAAUCAAGGUUUGUUUGAUAAUGAAUGAGAAAUCACAAGUUUCAAACUGUUACUCUUCUGAAAUGUGUGAUAUCAGGUGCCGAUUUUAGGCUUGUGAUACUUUUGUAUAGCAUCUUGUAACUUAUUUUUAUAGUAUGUAAUAAAUUAGCACAAUUAUGACUUUUAACAAAAUUACUAUUAUGUAGAUCUGAAAUUCCUUUAUAUUAAUUGAGGAUAAAAUUAAUACAGAUAUUGUAACAAGCUUGAUUUUGUAAAUACAUAUUGCAAGGUGAUUGCAAAUUGUUUGAAAAAAUGAAAGCAGGAAGAGGUAAUCUUUCAAGUUAAAUAAAAUAGUUCAAUUAGAUCUGUUACAAGUUAACGUGCCGCCCAACCGGUAUAGUGGUUAGCAUCACCGACUGUCGUGCCAAAGGGCCCGGGUUCAAAUCCCAUCGAAGGCAUGGAUGUCUGUAAAUGUAUGGUGUCCGCACAGCAUGGGGGCACUCUAAAUAUGCAGUGAGCCGAAAGUCCUCUCAAGAGGUUGGUGGUACGGGAAGAGGAGUGGGAGACCCCUUGGGGUGCUCUCUAUGAAAAUUAGGGGCGGAACUGAGCUAAAUCACACUGUCACCUCUAAGGUGCUAAAGGCUGUGCCAACAACAGACAUAAUCUUUCACUCCUUGCCACAAGCAAUUUCGUGGGCUUGGGCUGGCUAUAGAUCAGACUAGUGAGCAUUAACAACAACACAAAUUAACAUAGGAAAACGUUUAGUUUGUGUUAAAAUUUUUCAGCAGAUCUGUAGAAUGGAAAAAAAACUUUCUUUAACAUUAUUUCACAGAAGCUUUCCCUUUUAAGUUUUUAAAAUUGUUUAGUGAUUUUUUGUAUUUUCAUUAUUAUGACCAUUUAUUUAAUAAUUAUAAAAUUUUAUGUGUGGGAAGCCUCUAAAAAUUGAAGUUUCUGAAAAUUAUUUAAAAAAUGUUUGAUAAUUUUAUUUUGCGAAAUGGUUUUAGUCCAGAUUAAACUAUAUUUUUAUGUUCUUUUUUAAAUAAGUGCACAUGCUUUUCAUUCUAGUGGGUUUGAUUGUUUUAAAAAUUGUAAAUGAUGAAUAAGUUUUCUUACCUUUUUUUUUUUUUUUUUCAUUUUUUAUCAGUAAGAACUAUUUAUUACCAUUAAGUUCAUUAGCAAUGGCAGACUGAUGCUUUUUAAUAGAAACUGGUUUCCAUGAAAUUUCCACAAUUGUUUCUUGGGUGUUUUGUAUAAAUGCUAUUUUCUAAAAUAUAUAUUUGUUAUUUGCAAAACUCAGAAUCAGCAUAAACACGGCAGCAGUUAAACAUCCAUCAGCAUCAAAUGAAUGUAAUAUAUUCUUACUUGCUUUUAUUUUUUAAAAAAAUAAAUUUUUGUUCAUUUCUACAAAUGGGGAAAUAUUUUAAUUGUAGUAGUCCUUUUGCAUCUAUCUAGAAUUUAUUUUCACAGGUGGAAUAAUUAAUUUCCUGCAAAAUGUAGACAUGAUCAUGUUAUAGUGGUGUAAUGUAGAAAAUAAUAGAAUGAUUUAUAUGUAAGGCAAUUGGAUGGGUUGAAUUUUCUGUUUCUGUUGCUAUUUAUUCUGAAUUGUCAUUGCAUUAUAAAAAAUUUUUAAUUAUAUUUUCAAUUUCAUUGAAAGUUAGCAGAAGUAACACAGAGUAGCUAGUGAAAUAUGCUUAAUUCUAAAAAUUCUACCUCUGAAAUUAUGUUUUAGAUAUAAUUUUACCUGUAUAUUUUAAUUUCAGUGAUUACAAAUUACAGUCUUCAGUUACAUUAUUUCAAUAAUAUAGAAAUCAUUUAAAUCCACCAUUAAAGAUAAAUUAAUUAGUACAGUUCAUUGUGCAUUAAUUAGUAAUUAUAUCCUUUCCUCUAGAUUGAGACAUUUUUUAUAACUUUGUGUACAUACUUAAGAUGUGAAAAGCAAAUGGUUCAAGCUUUGGAAAAUAUUUUGCAUUUAAAAUUAUUUUGCUUAAAGCAUCAUGCACUUUGCAAGCAAGACUUACAAGCAUUUUGUAAUUUUUAGUGAUAAUGAAAUUUUUGAAUGCUCUGUUUUGGCUAUUAAGUUUUUUCUAAUUAUGAAGGAUAAUUUUCUAUUUAUGCAAAAAUUUUAUAUAACAUGCUGAUAGCGUUAUAUGAAGAUUUUUCGGCACUUUGAAAAAGUAUUACUGUUUUCAGUUUUGCAAGCAAAUCAUGUCCAUACUAAAUAUAUGUUAUUGCCAAUCAACUGUGUAUAAAAUCUUUCAUUUAUCUUUUGUGUAAUAAAAGUGUAUUGCUCAGA